ACUCACGCUUUCAAGUUCGAGACAGCACGAGUUUGCCGCUUUGCCGGGUUGUUUUAUCAAUAAAACGCAAUUCCGGGAGAAUCAUCGUACGAUCAAGACGAAUAUUAGAACAAACAUACGGGGAAAAUGAAAAUCGAGGAAGUAAAAAGUUCAGCUAAGGCUCAAAGAGUCUCAGCUCAUACGCAUAUCAAAGGUUUGGGACUUAAUGAAAAUGGUACAGCGAUUCAGAGUGCCGCAGGCCUCGUGGGACAAGAAGCGGCAAGAGAGGCUGCCGGGAUAGUUGUGGACAUGAUAAAGUCAAAGAAAAUGGCAGGAAGAGCGAUCCUUCUCGCAGGUCCGCCAGGAACAGGCAAAACUGCAAUAGCUUUGGCGAUAGCCCAAGAAUUGGGUAACAAAGUGCCAUUUUGUCCGAUGGUUGGGUCAGAGGUGUACAGCUCGGAGAUAAAAAAGACUGAGGUGUUGAUGGAAAAUUUUCGAAGAGCAAUAGGUCUGCGAAUACGUGAAACGAAGGAGAUAUACGAGGGUGAAGUGACAGAGUUGACGCCGUUGGAGACUGAGAAUCCUGUGGGUGGUUACGGAAAGACAAUUUCUCAUGUAGUAAUAGGAUUGAAGACGGCCAAGGGUACAAAGCAAUUGAAGUUGGAUCCUCUGGUGUAUCAAUCAUUGCAAAAGGAGAAAGUUGAAACCGGAGACGUGAUUUACAUUGAAGCAAACAGCGGGGCGGUAAAACGACAGGGAAGAAGUGACAAUUACGCGACAGAGUUUGACUUGGAGGCUGAGGAGUACGUCCCUUUGCCAAAAGGUGAUGUGCACAAAAAGAAAGAAGUAGUACAGGACGUGACGCUGCACGAUCUUGACAUUGCCAAUGCAAAACCCCAGGGAAACCAAGACAUAAUGUCGAUGAUGGGCCAAUUGAUGAAACCUCGGAAAACAGAGAUAACAGAUAAAUUACGAAAAGAAAUAAAUAAAGUUGUCAAUCAGUACAUAGAUCAGGGUAUAGCUGAGCUCGUUCCUGGUGUUCUUUUCGUCGACGAAGUUCACAUGCUCGACAUUGAAACCUUUACGUACCUUCAUCGCUCUCUCGAGAGUGCGAUCGCCCCAAUCGUUAUAUUCGCCACCAAUCGCGGACAUUGCGUUAUUCGUGGCACAGAAGAUAUCGUCGCUCCUCAUGGCAUUCCUCUCGAUCUUUUGGACAGAUUAUUGAUCAUCAGGACCCUACCUUAUUCAAAAAGCGAAAUAUCUCAAAUCGUAAAUCUUCGAGCAGUCACCGAAGGCCUACAAAUCGAUGAAGACGCCCUUGAAACACUCGCUGAACUCGGCACCAAAACCACCCUUAGAUACGUCGUUCAACUCUUAACUCCUGCAGCUCUCACCGCCAAAGUCAACGGACGAACGAACAUAAAGAAAGAAGACGUUGAAGAAGUCGGUGCUCUCUUCCUCGACGCCAAAUCUUCUGCUAAAAUUCUCACACAGAACAAAGAUAAAUUUAUGAAGUGAGAUUGCUCCAGUACUGCAGAUUUUUGCUCUCGAACGGCGAACGCAAUCUCGGUGAAUCUCGAUUUCUCGUCAGUUUUGUAUUCAUUAAUCACUCUAAUCAAUAGCAAUCAAAUGAUUAGCGUUCUGAUUUAUGUCGAUGGGAACGUAUUGAUUAGAAUCAAUCUAAAAAACGGGUUCAUCGAUAUUAAUUUCAGUUUGCAAUGAAAAAUUGAUUGUUAUUCAUUAAAAACGUGUCGACGAAGAAUCGAAAUUGAACGAAAUUGCGAUCACAUGAACGGCGUCUUUGCAAGUCUUAAGCUUCAAUUUUCUCACGUUCCUUCUGUUCUUAAAGUUUUUCAAAGUUUACACCAUUUGAUUACAACGGGAUUUCCUUUUCCUCUAAAGAUUCACUCCAAUUUUGUUCGCACAUUGAGACUGCAAAGUCGCAAAUAAGCAAUCUACAUUUCCGUAGUAUCAACGAUAUAAGCUUCAAUUUCAUUUUUUGUUCGUCCACCGUUAGCGAUACUGAACAAAAAUGAAAACUUCCGCCUUCCAUCGUGAUUAGACCGGAGCAGAAUAUUUUUUGCACGUUGAAAAAUUGAUGGUUUUUUGUUAGACAAAAAAUGUUCUGGGACGUUUAUUGAAUUACAUUAGAUGUGUAACUCUCACUAUGAAGUUUGUUUUUACAAUGACACUAAUUCAAAAUAUAUUUACAUGUAUUUUUUCAUUUAAGAAUCGGUUUUCAUUUAUUUAUUUGUUAAUAGUAGUCCUUUCACGAUGAAAGUUAAAAAUUCAUAAGAAAGUUGAAGUACCAGAAAAUUCUCUCUUCAUCUUUGCCACCACAAACCUCGUUUUGAAUACUCGAAACAAAAUGUACAAAUAAAUUUAUUAAGGAUAAACGUA